UUGCCCGAUUGAAUACGACAAGACAAUGUGUUGGCCCGAGACGCCUCUUAACACGACAGCUUAUCAACUAUGUCCAGACAUCUUUCCUCAACUCGAUCCUACAAAGUUUGCCCAGGCGUUUUGUAGGGAAGACGGUACAUGGGGUCUCUUCGACUACCUGCCUUGCUUCAGGAAAGAGACGGAGGAGCUGGAUGAACUUCGGCUCAAUAUUUCAGAUGAGAAGUUGGAGUUUACAAAGGAUGUGAUAUACGGAGCCAAGGCUAUGGAAAUUGCCGGCCUCUUCCUUUCAUUCUUCUGCCUCGUGUUUGCUCUCUGUGUAUUCAGCUGCUUCAGGAGUUUGCAGUGUCACCGUACGAAGAUCCACAAGCAUCUAUUCGCUGCCUACAUCGCUCGUCUCUUCAUUGAAAUCAUCUUAGGCGUCAAUCAAAUUUACAAGCUUACCCAGGCAGACGUUGGUUUCGCUCCAUCGGUCAUCUCCAGUGCGCCGGCCCUGUGCGUCAUCCUCGAGGUCUUGCGAGAAUACACGAGACUAUGUACGUUCGCCUGGAUGUUCAUUGAGGGAAUGUACCUCAACAGUUUGCUAUCUUCGGCUGUCUUCGGAAAGCCGAAGUUCCUCGUUUUUUACAUCGUUGGCUGGGUUGUUGGCAUCCCGUUGACCAUAACAUGGGGUUUGGUUAUGCACUUCAUAAAUGGAUCCGAUAGAUGCUGGUAUGAUAACAUCACUUCAGGUAACUGCUUACUUAUCAUAGAGAUUCCACGCAAUGCGUUCCUUGCUAUGAAUUUGCUUUUCCUUAUAAACAUCUUGAGGGUCUUGGUCACGAAACUGCGAGAGAGCAACACGAGUGAAACAAAACAAGUCAGAAAAGCGAUCAAGGCCACUUUCGUUCUGCUGCCUCUUCUGGGCGUGGCCAACUUAAUUUGGCUGAUACCCCAAGCAGAGGCGUCUGACAGUCGUGCCUGGUUAAUCAUCUACUAUUACGGCAUCUUGUUCUUGGACGCCUACCAGGGAUUCUUCGUUGCAGUCCUGUAUUGCUUUAUGAAUGCAGAGGUUGGCAGUGUCCUCCGGCGCAAGUGGUCAACAUGGCGGACGUACCACAAUCCCAAUCGUCGGGGACAAAACAUGGUAGUUACCACGGCUACGGACGUAUGUACGACAGAGCAUGCUCAGUUCUCUUAACCCAAAUCCGCUUAACAGUUAUUGACGAUGGACACUGCAAGUCGGAAACGUGAUUUUCAGCGUGACCUCCCAUCAACCCCCUGACCCAUCUCUUCCGGUUUGCCAGUGCGUCACGUGAGACUAGCAACAUUUUCACGUUAUAGCUGUUACCAAUGUUUUAUAUUUUGGAGUAAAAGUGAAUGAUACCUGAAACGAAAUUCGUUCAAAAAUAAUUAUUUAUUGAAAAAAGAUGUGUAUAAUAUGAUAUUAUUGUCAAAGUGUAGUAUGAAACUUGCCUUAUAAUCAAAUGUAGAUACCUAUUAUAGUAUUAUAAUGAUAGUCUAAUCUUAAUCCUGAAACCAUGGUAAGUGGAAUAAUAGUGAGAAUAAUGUCUCAAACUUAACUCACUGAUUGUAAAAUUUAAACAGUAUUAAUGUUUUACAUUCUAAGAACUCACGGGUCAAACUUUCCCGGAGACCGGGUCCCAUGGUAGACCUGACCAAUGCGUGUGUCAGUUUGACCCGGAACUGGUUUUACCAAAAGAAUCGUAACUCAGAUUAUGCGUCAGUUUGACUAAUUUCUGGGACAUUGAUUAUGGGUCAUUCUAAACCCAGAAAUUGAUCAGGCCCCUGAGAACCCGGAACCCGGAUGUCAGUGACUAUGUUUUUAAGAGUGCAUAGCAAAUGUUUUUAUCUGAAAUACUGGUAAUUUUUUUAAGAAGCUGCAAAUUUGGAAUGGAUUAUUUCAAUCGUCGCAGUCUAAAAUUACACGCUCAAGAUGUUGAGCAUGCACGAAAUAGAGUUCCGUACGAAAAACGAAAUAGCGUAAUGGUUGUUAAGUGGCUAUUUAAAAAUAGAGGAUGCAAAGGUAUGGUGUUAUCUAUAGCACUUUAACCGUAGUGUAGAUCAAACCGAGGUUGGAGGUCAAAAUAGUCAGUCUCCACGAUGUACCAAUGAUAUUGUUUUCACGGUAGUAUACGGGGUACCCGACUUUGGAUAUACUUUUACAAGGAAUCCUCCCUUUCUCCCUUUACCAUUGGGUGAAUUGGCCCGUUUUGUGUUUCGUGUUCACGAUAUUAAGGUGGAAUUUGCAACUUUUCGGAAAAUCAAUGAUCAUGUAACUUCGAUAAAAGGAAAUUUAAAGCAGACAUAUUUUCUUGUGUUCUUCAAGCGACUCAAAUAAUGACCAGUUUCUUUUGGUCCAUAUGAAAACAGAUAUUUGUAUCUAUGUUCAUGAAUCUUAACUCGCCAUUUAAAGUUAUAAUUGACCCUUUUUUCGAAAUGUCUUGUGAAUUGUAAUUUUGACUAAUUUUAGACCGGUGCUUUGGAUCAAACCCCUUCAUCAACAACGGGGGUUUGUGCUUGGGCCCAAAAUCUGUUUGAAAUAAUUGUAGUCUACUGUUCAACUUGUGAAGCUGAAACCCUAAACUCAUGUACAUAAUAUUUUCAGACGUCGUGUGUUGUGUUAUAUUAUAAAAACAACUGAGUGAUUUUUCUUUUAUAAUUCGCUUGUCAGCUUGUUCUAAGAAACUGGGGCUGAUGAGUGUUAGGGGGGCCUACACAGUGCGCAACGUCGAGAUUGUUUCCUUUGUAGGGGAAACGUGUUUAAAGUUCAAUCUUACCGGUUGUGAGACUGGCAUUAUUUUGUUCCUAAAUUGUUUAGCCA